CAUUUCUAUGAAGCUUCCUCUAUCCCAAGUCCACGUUGACUUGCAAAGACCACUUUGAUUUAUACCUAUCCUUUUGGAUUUUAGAUCUAAUUCUUCUCCAAAUCAUUAUUUGAGCAUUCUUUCUGAGAGAGAACCUUAGAAUUGCACAAUGGCUGAUUUCCUAUGGACUUUUGCUGUGGAAGAAACGUUGAAGAAGGUGUUGAAGGUUGCAGGGGAGCAAACUGGCCUAGCAUGGGGCUUCCAGGAACAUCUCUCCAACCUCCAAAAAUGGCUACUCAAGGCUGAAGCUUUCUUACGCGAUAUCAACAUGAGAAAAUUACAUCUUGAUUCUGUGAGGAUGUGGGUGGACGAUCUUCAACAUCUUGUUUAUCAAGCCGAUGAUCUAUUAGACGAAAUUGUUUAUGAAGAUCUUCGACAAAAGGUCCAAACAAGAAAAAUGAAGAAGGUGUGUGAUUUCUUUUCUCCUUCUACCAAUGUUUUGAUCUUUCGUCUUAACAUGGCAAAAAAAAUGAUGACUCUUAUAGCAUUGUUAGAAAAGCAUUACCUUGAGGCUGCUCCUUUAGGACUAGUGGGAAAUGAAAAUGCAAGUCCUGAGUUCGAUGUUAUUGGUCAAUAUCGAGAGACAAUUUCAGAACUCGAAGAUCAUAAGAUUGUGGGGAGGGAUGUUGAAGUUGAAAGUAUAGUGAAACAUGUGAUUGAUGCUAGCAAUAAUCAACUUACAUCUAUCCUACCCAUUGUUGGUAUGGGUGGAUUGGGAAAAACAACUUUGGCAAAGUUAGUUUUCAACCAUGAGUUGGUUAGACAACAUUUUGAUAAAACUGUUUGGGUUUGUGUCUCUGAACCAUUUAUUGUCAACAAGAUUUUGCUAGAUAUUUUACAAAAUCUAAAAGGCACCAUUUCUAAUGGAGGGGAUAGUAAGGAAGUUUUACUUCGUGAACUCCAAAAGAAGAUGCAUGGCCAAAGAUAUUUUCUUGUGCUUGACGAUGUUUGGAACGAAAAUUCUUUUCUAUGGGAUGAGUUGAAAUACUGUUUGCUCAAGAUCACUGGAAACUCUAAAAAUAGUAUUGUUGUGACUACAAGGAGUGCUGAAGUUGCAAAAAUCAUGGGAACAUGUUCUGGUCAUCUUUUAAGUAAAUUAUCUGAUGAUCAUUGUUGGUCCUUGUUUAAAGAAAGUGCAAAUGCAUAUGGAUUAUCAAUGACUUCAAACUUGGAGAUCAUUCAAAAAGAGUUAGUCAAAAAAAUUGGUGGUAUACCAUUGGCUGCACGAGUUUUGGGAAGGGCAGUAAAAUUUGAAGGAGAUGUUGAGAGAUGGGAGGAAAUGUUGAAAAAUGUGUUAAGCACUCCACUCAAAGAGGAAAAUUUUAUUUUGUCUAUAUUAAAAUUAAGUGUGGAUCGUCUACCGUCAUCUGCAUUAAAGCAAUGUUUUUCAUAUUGUUCAAUUUUUCCCAAGGAUUUUGUGUUUGAAAAACAAGAACUAAUUCACAUGUGGAUGGCACAAGGUUUUCUUCAACCACAAGAAGGAAGGAACAUGACAAUGGAAACUGUAGGAGACAUAUACUUCAAGAUCUUGUUGUCACACUGCUUAUUUGAAGAUGCCCAUGAAACAAAGACAGAGGAAUAUGAGAUACCUGAUCUGCUUGAAUUUGAAACAAGGCCAGAAGAAUAUAAGAUGCAUGAUCUUGUACAUGAUAUUGCGAUAGAAAUUUCAAGAGAUCAAAAUUUGCAACUAAAUCCUAGCAAUAUAUCAAAGAAGGAACUUCAAAAGGAGAUUAAAAAGGUUGCAUGCAAGUUACCCAUGGUUGAUUUCAUUCGACGGAUUCCUUGCAAUAUAGGCCAACUAACAUUUUUUGAUGUUGAGAUAAGGAACUUUGUUUGUUUGCGAGUUUUAAAGCUAUCAACGCUGCCUAGUGAUAAGUUACCGAAGUCAAUUGGUCAAUUGAAACACUUGAGAUAUCUAGAAAUUGCAUGUUAUUUAGGUAGAUUAAAAUUUCCAGAGUCUAUUGUUUCUCUUCAUAAUUUGCAAACACUAAAGUUUCUAUACUCAUACGUUGAAAAAUUUCCGAUGAACUUUACAAAUUUGGUAAGCUUAAGGCACUUGAAAUUAUGGUCAAAUGUUGACCAAACGCCUCCACAUUUAAGUCAAUUAACUCAACUUCAGACAUUGUCUCAUUUUGUGAUCGGGUUUGAAGAAGGUUGUAAAAUUACUGAAUUGGGUCCAUUGAAAAACUUGCAAGGUUGUUUGAGUCUUUUGUGUUUGGAGAAAGUUGAAAGCAAAGAGGAAGCCAAUGGAACAAACUUGGCAGAAAAGGAGAAGUUAAAAGAUCUACACUUAAGUUGGUCCAAUGAAAGAAAAGAUAACAACAAUUACAAUGAUUUGGAAGUGUUGGAAGGACUUCAACCAAACCAAAAUCUACAAUCAUUAGGAAUCUACAACUUUGCAGAAAGACGUUUGCCUAACAAGAUUUUUGUUGAAAAUUUAAGCGUGAUAGGUUUGUAUGGUUGUAAUAAUUGUGAAAAGCUUCCAAUGCUUGGACAAUUAAACAACCUAAAGAAACUUGAGAUUUACAGCUUCCAUGGCGUCCAAAUUAUAGACAACGAGUUCUAUGGUAAUGAUCUAAACCAAAGAAGGUUCUUCCCAAAGCUUGAGAUAUUUGUAAUGUGUGAUAUGAUCAACUUAGAGCAAUGGAAAGAAGUAAUGACAAAUGAUGCAUCAUCAAAUGUUACAAUCUUUUCCAAUCUUAAAUGCUUGGAAAUACGUGGAUGUCCCAAAUUAACAAAACUUCCAAAUGGACUACACUUUUGUAGCUCCAUUCGACGUGUGACAAUAAACCAAGGUUCAAAUUUGAGCAUAAAUAUGAGAAAUAAGCCGAAAUUAUGGUAUUUAAACAUUGGUCCAUUAGAUAAACUGCCUGAAGAUUUAUGUCAUCUAAUGAAUUUGGGGGUAAUGAGAAUUGUUGGAAAUAUGCAAAAUUAUGAUUUUGGCAUCCUUCAGCACCUUCUUUCCCUUAAAAAAAUUACUUUAGUCGAGGAUGAGUUGAGCAACAAUAGUGUAACACAAAUUUCUGAACAACUUCAACACCUCACUGCCUUGGAAUUUCUGUCCAUUGAAAAUUUUGGAGGCAUUGAAGCUUUGCCAGAAUGGUUAGGAAACUUUGUAUGUUUGCAAACACUCAGUCUUUAUAACUGCAAAAAUUUGAAAAAACUGCCUUCUACAAAAGCAAUGCUACGUCUCACUAAAUUAAAUCAAUUGUAUGCUUGCAAAUGUCCGAUGCUACUACUCGAAGAAGGUGAUCCAGAGCGAGCAAAACUUUCCCACUUUCCAAACAUGUUGGUUCAGCGCAACGGUUAUCAGAAGUGUAUUUAGAUUUUUUCGUUUUUUUUUGCACUCUUGAAAGCAAAUGUGUACUAAAGUUUUCAAAACAGACUUGUAUUAUUAUUAUAUGCUCCAACCACUUGAUACUCUCAAUAUACAUUUCAUCCACUAAAAAGUGGUCAUGCAUACAAAGUAGGAAAAUUAUGUGA